GUUUAAAUCUAUCCGUGGCUCGAACCGAGCGGGACGCACGCCACAGCCGCUCCGCAUAGUAGUAGUAGUAAAAAAAACAAAACAGGGCGAGGGAAGAAGAAGAAGCGAGCAGGGCGAUCCGGGCGCACAUCCGCGAGAGAGAGAAAGAGACAGAGCGAAACAACUGUCUCUUCUUUUCUCCACCUUCCCUACCCCCUCCCCCCCACUCCACCUCUACUCCGGCGUAAAGAUUGUCCCGUUUCGGCGUGGAACAUGAAUAAGCUAUACAUCGGCAACGUGAGCGCCGAGGCGAGCGAGGAGGACUUGGAAAGUGUCUUCAAACAGUGGAAGAUUCCGCACAGCGGUCCGUUCCUCGUCAAAACCGGCUACGCGUUUGUGGAUUGCCCGGACGAGAAGGCGGCGAUGAAGGCCAUCGAUGUUCUUUCAGGUAAAGUUGAACUUCAUGGGAAAGUUCUGGAAGUGGAGCACUCUGUCCCUAAGCGUCAAAGGAGCUGUAAGCUGCAGAUCAGGAACAUCCCGCCUCACAUGCAGUGGGAGGUUUUGGAUGGUAUGCUUGCACAGUAUGGUGCAGUAGAGAGCUGUGAACAAGUAAACACUGAUACAGAGACUGCAGUAGUGAAUGUUCGAUACGCAGUUCGGGAGCAUGCAAGACUAGCAAUGGAGAAGCUCAAUGGAUCGAUGAUGGAGAACUAUGCCUUGAAAGUGUCGUAUAUCCCAGAUGAGACGGCUGCAUCAGAGGGCCCUCCUUCAGGGGGUCGGAGAGGUUUCAACGCUCGCGGACCUCCCCGUGCUGGCUCUCCGGGCUUGGGUGCGCGUCCCAAAGUGCAGUCCGACAUCCCGCUGCGCGUGUUGGUACCCACGCAGUUCGUAGGAGCAAUCAUUGGCAAGGAGGGCGCCACCAUACGGAAUAUCACCAAACAGACCCACUCAAAGAUCGACAUCCAUCGGAAAGAAAAUGCAGGCGCAGCAGAAAAACCCAUUACGAUUCACUCCACCCCUGACGGUUGUUCAAACGCCUGCAGAACCAUCAUGGAUAUCAUGCAGAAGGAAGCAGUUGACACAAAGUUCAUUGAGGAGAUCCCACUGAAGAUCCUUGCACACAACAACUUUGUAGGAAGAUUAAUAGGGAAAGAAGGCCGCAACCUUAAGAAAAUCGAGCAAGACACAGGGACCAAGAUCACAAUCUCACCGCUCCAGGAUCUCACCUUGUACAACCCAGAGCGGACAAUCACAAUAAAGGGCUCGAUUGAAGCAUGCUCCCGGGCUGAGGAGGAGGUGAUGAAGAAGAUCAGGGAAUCCUAUGAGAGCGACAUGGCUGCUAUGAAUCUCCAAUCCAACCUCAUUCCUGGUUUGAAUCUGAACGCUUUGGGUUUGUUCCCCAGUGGAGCACCAGGCAUGGGUCCCUCCAUGGCCAACGUCCCGCCUCCUGGAGCUCAUGGUGGAUGCUCGUAUGGUUGCAGUCCUUAUGGGGCUGAGGAGCCAUUUUGGGCUUCUAUGCUGUCGGCAAGCAGCCAGCCCCUUGCUGGCCAGCCGGAGUCAGAGACAGUUCACCUGUUCAUUCCUGCACUUGCUGUGGGAGCCAUCAUUGGAAAACAGGGCCAACACAUCAAACAGCUGUCACACUUUGCAGGAGCCUCUAUCAAGAUUGCUCCAGCAGAAGGAAUGGACGCCAAGCAGAGGAUGGUCAUCAUUGUCGGGCCACCAGAAGCUCAGUUUAAGGCUCAGUGUCGCAUCUUUGGCAAGCUUAAAGAAGAGAACUUUUUUGGGCCGAAAGAAGAGGUGAAGCUGGAAGCGCACAUCAAAGUCCCUUCUUUUGCUGCUGGACGCGUCAUCGGGAAAGGUGGAAAAACGGUGAAUGAGCUGCAGAACUUGACCUGUGCAGAAGUGGUGGUGCCCAGGGACCAGACGCCUGACGAGAACGACCAGGUUAUAGUGAAGAUCAGUGGACACUUCUUUGCAUGCCAGUUGGCCCAGAGGAAGAUUCAGGAGAUCCUGGCUCAGGUGAGGAGGCAGCAGCAUCAACAGCAGCAGCCCAAGCCUCCAUCGGGCGGCCAGCCUCUGACGCCACGCAGGAAGUGAAGCUCCAGCAAGCUCUGGAAGAACGGCGACUGGAUCCGUCGUGAAACUCGACAGAUGGACAGAUGCAGAAAAGCUCUUGGGGGGAAAAGAAAAAUGACAGUGGAUCCUAUUGCACAUCUCAGGGGUCAAGGUCAUCGGAACCAAACUUCCACCCCUCCCUGAACAACUUGAUGACUUUAAAGUGGGGGUGACGACACCUUACACCUCUUAAGCUCCACCCACUUCACGUCUCUGCGUCUGCUGUGAGAAUGUACUUUGGAGGGCUGUCGCCAACAUCACCUGCCCUCAACCCCUUCUUUUACCCCCCCUCACCCCCAUGGGUGUAGUUUGUUUUUUAUUUAGUUCUUUUUACACUAAAACUAUGAGGAAGAAAUACAAACCCCCUUUCUAUCACCCCCUAUGGUGUGGUACCUUAAAGAUGUUUAUGUUUAGUUUUUCUGAAUUGGUUAAGGCUUUCUCACGGGUUUUUCCAUGGAAAGAGAAAAGGCAUUGCUCGGUCCUGGUCGGACCAACAGAGGUUUAGUCGGGGGGAGGUUUGUCUCUGGCCAGGUGGGCCACAUUUAGGGGAAAAAUUCUUGUUUUAGGACAGGACCCCUGGGAGGGUUGGUUAUAUAUCAGGCGUCCUGCCCUUGGAAUGAAAGUGGCAUUUUUUUUUUUUAAAAGAAAAAUUCGGAUGCAUUUUAUAGAUAGACCUAUAUAAAUAGAUCAAUAUAUAAAUAUGAAUACAUAUAUAUAUUUAGUAGAGGGGGCAGCGCUGCGACUGACACAUUUGGGGAAAGUGGUGCCAAGCUGCUGCCCUGAAAAACCAAUUUAUGCAUUUUGUUUAACUACCUCAGGAUCUAGUACCUCAGAAGAGAAAAAAAAUUAUUAUAUGGAGAAAAAAAAAAGUUCCUUUCUCUUUAUUUUGCUUUUGUGGUAUUUUGUAUACUUUAUAAAGCUGAUAGUCUUUGAACAUUUUUAUUUUUUUAAGAAAAUUAAAAAUUUCCGGGUCAGCUGCCAACUGACCUUGCCUUCAACUCUGGUGCUUUAGGCGGCAUUGUACAUGUGGAUGUGUGAACAAAGAUGACCCUGUACAUAAAAUGUAUUUGUACAUAGCAGCCUUGGAGCAAGAGUUGGCACCCCACCCUCACCUCCCCCUCAGCUGGCGGCUGAUGGAGAAGUAUAUAGAGAAAAAAAUUGCCUCCGUUUUUUUCCCCACUGACGGUCCACCAUCUUCUUGAAGACAAAAGCAAGUACAGAACAACUAAAUGCGUGCAAAAACAACAACAACAAAAGCCAAGCGUACAUAUUUGCAGCAAUGCCAUUUAUUUUGGGGUUUCGCUGGUAGUUUUAAUGUCAAAUUAUUUUUGUCUUCUGAUUGAGGAUGCUGCAGCUCAAACUGUGACGGGUCCUCCCUGUAGCUGUUGUCAGAGCAUCUUUUUUUAAUUUUAUUUACGGUUUUCUUCCCUCUCUUGGUCGGUUUCAUUUCUGGGUCAUCCGCCACCGCUGUUCUUUUAUGAAGCGGCAAAUUGAGACUAAAUAUUUCAGCUAACGCUAUCCUGGUAAGGUUCAAACUCUGCCAUAGUGACGUGGCCAUCAAGUCAUUCGUUUUCUUUUCGUGGUGAGUCGGGGGAGUGGCACAGAUGGAUGCAUUUUUAUGUUUUGGGCUUGGAGAACAUGAGCUGUCCUUUUUUUUGCAACUUGAUUAGAUUUUUAUUUUUAUUUUUUUUGGUUGCUCAUCCAGGGGAAAACAAUUUAAAUGACGCAUAAUUGUGAACGAACCCCCACUCGGACAGGAAGCAAAAAUCCUAAACAGUCAUUUUAAGCAACUGUUUGUUUCCGUGCCGAAUGUAAAUAUAUAUUGAUUGUGGUAAAGUGCUAGUGUAUCCAUGCUUCCACAGUAGAACGCAGUCUACCUCAGCUGAGGGGGGUGAGGGGUGGAGGAGGGAGUUGCUGUGGCACUGGACACCUCACCCCGCCCCCACUGAGCGCCAGCGCGCACCAAUACCUCAGUACCCCGAACAUUUGUUUCUACCUGGGCGCGCCCCUCUGACGUCAUGCUUAGCAGAGGGGCACAAGUGAUGCUUAAAAUGAUCCUCCUGAUACCCACCCUCCCCUCAUCCACUUUGUUUUUGAUCUACCUCUAUAGACACAUAUUUGAAUUGGAGGCGUAAUACCAUUUGUUAGACCCCGACCCCCCCGCACACACUUGUGCACCUCCCCAGAAAAGAGAUGAAAAUUUAAACUAAUGAAUUCUGUAGAAUUGAGAAUAAUGGAAAGUGAUAGAAAUGUUUUCUUUUGAUCAGUGUUUAUAUUUACAUAUACUCCUUUUGGCUUUGAGAUCCUCAAUGAUUAUUCCUUUCUGCUUUCUAUUUUUGGUGGUGUGGCUUACAUGUAUUCAAACUUUUUUUUUUUUUUUUUCUGGAAAAUAAAUCUAGUCUUUGAUUUUUGCUUUCAGUCUAAUGCAAAAAAGGACCCGUUUUCUUUUUUCCUCUUUCAAUUUAUGAAACUUAGACAAGAAAAUGCGAUGUGAUGGCAUUUUCGGUUGGCAUUUCUUGGUUGUGUAAUGUGGAACAAUUUUUAUUUUUAUUUUUUUUUUGAGUAUGGGACAAAUUAGAGGGACUGACUCUGUUUAUGGAAAAGUGAUGGAUCUUCAGCAUGAUGUUCUCUCCUCCCCCUCUCUGCAACCGUACUUGUGCCCCGUCACCUCCCCACAAACACACAGCUCCACUUGUCAAAUGCCUCUGAAUAAAAAAUAAAUAAAAAAAGUUUUUUUGUUUUAAUAUU